AUGUAUUUUCAAACACGGAUUAUUAUCGACGCAUUUGGAUUUGAAGCUAAAAUUUCGGCGAGAUUAGCAGGAGACUGUUCUCAUCAUACCUGUCCAGAUGAAACAUACUGUGUUAUAAUUAAACCAGGAGAGACAGCGUGUCAUACAGAGACAUGGCAGAUGGUCACAGAUACAACAUCAACUACGCCCACAACCACAGUCCCAACAACUACCACAACAUCAUCGUACACGUUUGUAGAAAGGUCGGUACCACAAGGCGACGGUUCUUUUGUUCUAGUCAAUGAAUUAGUUGCAUCACAGACUCUCUCUCUAGCGGAAGUAGAAAAUCUUAUCAUCGAUCACCGAGCAUGCGUAGCCACCUGUGGUCAUAUACCCGGGGGAACGUACCAAUCGUGUGCUAAUUAUAAUGUCCCCUGGGAUUCCCAAAUUGACUGGGUUGGCUUUAUACUUGUGGCUCUUAUUCGUCCAUCGCAUACACCAAAAGACCUGAAACAAUAUCGAAAGCCCAAAAAGAGAUUUAUCACAAGUACUGUACGAGAGAGAUCAAACAAAAGUAGUCUUACGAUAUUUAAAUUUUCUUUGAGAAAGAGACUGGACUAA